AGUACGUCAUCGACGUCAUCGCGCACAGAGCCGAGACAAACCCCCAAUAUUUUUGUUGUGAUUGAUAAUUACAUAUCAUUUCUGUGGUAUUUAUCGACUUUUCUCUGGCUUUUCUCAGUUUGCUACGGAUUCGCUUCUCCCUCUUUUGCCUCUUUAUAUUUCUUCAAAAGUGUUAGCCCAUCAGUUUUCUUGCUGCAUGUAUAAUAUACUUUUCGACCUAUUGACCAGCUUUCAUCAUUCAAGUUCAUUGAAAAUGUACACAUCUCAAACAUUUCGCCUGAAAAUUUCUGCUGAGCAUGCACUUUGAAUUGAUACCAUGAGCAUUCGAAGGAGGAAAAUUGCAUUACUAAAUCCAGAGGAGCCUUCCAAUGGUAGCACAAGGAAAGAAAAUGACGGUGGAAAUCCCACUUCAUUUUUGCAGGAAAGUAUCGAUCCUUCAGAUAUGCCACCUGGAAAUUUUCUCAAAUUAGAAUGGAACGCACAGAAUUCUCCUGUCGAAUCAGGUUCUGUUAUUCUCCAAGAAUCCGUCGAACUUGAUACAAGGUUACAGGAGGAAGCACAACUGCAAACACAAACUCAAGAGGUGAUCAUUGUGACAGGUGAAAAAGAUGGAGUGCCUGAAGAUGAUGACAACAACUUAUAUAUGAAUUACUCGAUGCUGACAGACCAGCUCAUUUCCGGGCAUUUCCUCACUGGCGCUACUGCAGAAGAAGUUUUCAAUGGCGAGCCGUCACGGUCAAAAGGAGUGAUCUCUGACAUCCUAUGCGAUAAAUUUAAGUGCCAUCAUUGUAAUCUAAGCUUCCUGUCCCACCAGUUCUACAAAAAUCACUUGAAAAAGUGCAUAAUGCGUCGCACUGAUACCACAAGCAAUAACAAUUUUUCCCAUGUCGAGAUGGAUAAUGAGUCAAAAGCCACAAAGCGCAAACGGGCGAAGAAACAGCCCUUGCCACAAGCUAGUCUACCUACAGAGCACCUAGUAGAUGGCCUCUGCAAUAGUGACAGUGACAGCAGUGAUGAUUACAUGAACAUAGAAGAUGCCAUUAGGUCGAAGGAAGGCAUGAAGUUCAAGUGUGAUUCCUGUAAAUGCGUGUUCUCAUUGUUCAAUGAAAUGAAAGAUCACCUAUGUUUCCGGAACACCCAGCACCAGUGUGAUCUAUGUAUGAAAAAGUGCCCAACAAAGGCAGCGUUCUACGACCACCUGGAACGAUCUCACAAAAUCCAAAUCAGCAGUGUGCUGGCAGCCCCGCCCUCUCAGACAUUUCCUGUUUUAGGGAAAGUGUUUCCAGUCAAAAAUCUUGACGGCCCUGUAAGAACUGGUAGAGUAAGCAAUAGAGUUGUCUAUGCGGGCGUUUUAAACUCAGGAUGAAUUGAACUAGGGACAUCCAAAAAAUUUCCUACUCAUUCACAACUCUCGGCAUUUUUACAGAAGCGUACUGAAGAAACUAAAUUUUACACAAUGAGCUUUUGACCAGAGGAUCCCAAUUAUUAGAUUAUUCAAUUGUCUACUUAUCAAAUUGAUACCUUUCAUAAGCUGGCAUCGUUUGAUAAUACCUGAGUUGUUUUUUUGUUUAAUAUUUCAAUAUGAAAUACUACCCAGAGUACCUAGGAGUUUCUUUUUAUUAAAAUGGGUUAAUUUAACAUGUUGGUAACGGAAAUGUUUUUUAAUAAAGAUAUAUGUGGCUCAUACACACAGUCAGUAGCAGAAACUGAUAUGUCCACAAAUGAAGCUUCUAGGCCUAAAUUUUGUUGGCUCCAAUCUGCCACAAGUUGCGAAAACUGUCCUCUAAAUUUGACUGAAGGUCAGGAAGUUUUUGUUCCAAACUUAAUCACUGCGCAACUUGAGCUUUCUUACAGCUUGCUUGAGCCAUUCUUAGUUCUUCAACAGUGCAAGCUGUUAAUUAGCAAUUGAAUAUCUAAGUCGCUAUUCUAGCUGCAUCUUUCAGCCGUACAUGAAUUGGCCAACGCAAUUUCAGCUCUGCUCUUUUAUGAACUGGAGUUAGUUUUUUGUGGAAUGUUAUAACUAGAAUCUGAAAAAAUGUCUCCAAAAUAUUUCAUCAAUAUCUAAGAUCACAACCAAGAUAUCUAAUUUCCAAGAUUUCUAGGACAAUUAGUUUAUGACAUGGUUUGAUAGUCACUUUUCAUAUACUGGAAGAUUAUUGUCCACAAUAUUUCUAUGUCUUUAACAAACUCAUUUCCUCCUAUUGACAAAAUAAGUUCUGUGAAGAAAGCUGGUUCUUUUGAUUCAUUUUCCAUGGAAUCUGCUCCUUUUUCCUUCCUUAAAUACAGAGGGGUGUGAAGUUUUCAUACAUGAAUUUAUCAUCGCAGAUUUCACAAUGUAACCUUUUAUUUGGACAAAUGGACUAUAUUUUGCAAUUGUGAACUUUAAUUUCUGGCUCAUCCGAAUAAACACGUACGUGCAUGAGGGAACUAAUGGUACAUACGUUGUUUCUAAACUAAGCCAGAAAUGGUAGUUCUUAAUUGCAAAAUGUAGUCUAUUUUUAAACCAUAUCACCCUAACUACAUUUCACAUUGCUUAACUUCCCCUCCAGCAGGCUGAUUAUUGACAUUUUGUGUUUGUUGGGUUGUCAUAGAUGACAUAGGUUAAAUGGCAGAACGUGAUUGGUCGGCUACAUCUCAUCACUGCUUCAUCAGGUGGAAUGGAUGACAAACUGUUAGAAACUCAAGAGGUGCAUUUAGCAUGUCGUGCAUUCCACCUGGCAAAGGCAAGACAAAGCAGCGAUAAGACAUAGCCGACCAAUCAUGUUCUGCCAUUUAAUCUAUGUCAUCUAUGACUGCCCGACACACAAAAUUUCAACAAUCAGCCCCCUGGUUUUAUUUGGUCACAGGAAAAUGUCUAGAGAUUGGCCAUGAAUUUUCUCUGCCCAAUUAAAAAUAUGUGCAACCUCAAAAUUUCAAAGCAGAAAUCUGUUUUGUUUUCUCAUGAAGCAGUUUAACAGGAGAGGGUAUCAAUGUAGUUAGGAUGAUUCAGUUUAAUCCCGCCCCUUUGAUCCUUCCUCCUUCUCUAGUUAUCUUUAAGCAGACUGAG